AUGGUAGAUCCAACUGAUCAGUCAUCAAAUACAACAACCACAACCACAACAACUAGUAGUUCAACAGUACCUACAGAUCCAACAACUAAUACGAGUGACCUCAACAUGAGUGACAUUGAAAGUAACAACAAUAACGAUUCAAUUCAAUCAACUUCCACUCUAUUCCCAGACGUAACUCCCACCAGCAUUCGCCCAGAUCUACUCUCAUCUGAUCUGUUCCAAUCCAGUCUGGCCACUUCGAAUAAGAAGACCAAGUCUGAAGCUAUUAUAUCUACUUCAAUUGAUAUGAGGAUCUUAUUUCUUUAA